AUGGAAAUUGAACCUCAAAUCUACGAGUCACCAUUCUUCCAAGAGCUGGCCGUCACAGGCGAGAUACAUAUCGCCCAAGGCCAACCACCGGCCCGCCAUGACAUAUAUCACGACCUGGUAAAGCGGCAGGUAACCGACAGCAACGGCGAUAGUGACAGCGACAGUGACAAUGAGGGUGGAAGCGUCGUGCCAACGACACUCGCUGAACCCACCACAAUUGCGACCUCGACCCCGACCUCGAUCUCCUCGGUACCCACCUCCCCAGAACCAACAACCACUUCCCCUUCCCCCUCCAUCACCACCGAAACGAAAACCUCAGAUGCAACCCCCGGCGUCUCAACCUCGACAUCCCCCUCUGUCACCGUGAUCACCACACCCCUCCCGACCCCCUUCGACACCUCCCUAGGCAGCAACUUCACGACCCCGUCCUGCCCACAAUUCUUCUCCACCUUCCUAUCCAACACGACAUUCCAGUCCUGCGUCCCCGUGUCGCUCCUCUUGCAGAACUCAAACUCCUUCUUCCGCGCCCUCCGCUCAAGCACGCUCCUUACGCAAACCCUCGAAGCAGCAUGCAGUGCGCCUCUAGCAAUCUGUUCGCCCCUGAUGGCCACCCUCGCGGCGCAGCUCCUCGACCACGCAAACUGCGGCGACGACUACAGCCAGCAGAAUCCCCUGGUUGUGCAGGCGUACGCGGGCCUCGUGGCGUACGAGCCCGUCUACCGUGCGACGUGUCUCAAGGACGGGUCCCAGGGCGGGGAAGGGAAUGCGGACGAGUCCACCACCACUAGCAGCACCAGCAGCAGCAACCUGAAACAACCGUACUGCUUCGUCGAGGCGACCACCAACGCCAACAACUCGGCCGACUUCUACCCCUACUACACGGCCAUCGGGCUGAGCAUGCCCCUGACAGCGAGGCCGUCGUGUUCGGAGUGCCUCAAGGAGACGAUGGAUAUCUUCGCGUCGUACGCGGAGAAUGCCGCCCAGCCGCUUGCCAAGACGUACUUGACGUGCGCGGCGCAGGUGGACAAGAGUUGCGGGAGCGGGUUCGUGAGCACGGAUGUGAAGGUCGGGAGUGUGGAGAGUCCGAACGCUGCGGCUGGGAUGGGCGCGUUCAGUCCCAGUGUGCUCUCGCUGGUUGUGUUUGUGGGGUUGAUCGCGUUGGUGGUUGGGGUGUUGUGA